AUGAUUCCCUGGUUGUCCCGGCACCCAACAGCAAUAACGAAAAUUUCCACCCCAGUAUUCUUUAACUUUUUAGCAUUUGGUAUUGUCUUAUGUUUUUCAACGUCCGAUUGGCCAUCUGUAAAUAGCAGUACAACCUUACGCGAGCCGAAACCGCGGCUUUUUGCAAAAUAAGAUUUUAUAAGUAUAACAACAAGAACAGGAAAAUAAAAGUAAAAACGACAAGACUAAGAGUAGCAUAAGCAACAACAUGGCAACAACAAAACACAACACUAGAUAGUAGCAACAACAAAGAUAGUAACAACAACAGCAACAGCAAAAACAACGUACAGCAACAGCAAAGACAACAGCAAAGACAACAGCAAAGACAACAGCAACAGCAACAGCAAAGACAACAGCAAAGACAACGGCAAAGACAACAGCAUGCAACAGCAAAGACAACAGCGACAGCAAAGACAACAGCAAAGACAACAGCAACAGCAAAGACAUCAGCAAAGACAACAGCAACAGCAACAGCAACAGUAAAGAUAACAGCAACAGCAAAGACAACAGCAACAGCAAAGACAACAGCAAAGACAACAGCAAAGACAACAGCAAAAGCAACAGCAAAGACAAUAGCAAUAAAACCAACAAACCACAACAAAAAGGACACAAUUAACAAAAACAAAAAGAAUCUGCAUCAAUUAACACGAGCAAAAAACAACAUUCAGCAAGAUAAUCAAAAUCAAGGAAAACCGGGGAAAACAGUAACAACAUAUUGCAGCAACAAACGUUAUUUUAGCGAAGGAACAAAGAGUUUUAGACAAGCUACAGUAAGUCUUUGCUUACCUGUGGUGAACAGAUCCAAUGCCUCAGCAAGACCGGCUUGAGUGUUUGAAUUACCACCGGGAAAAGUGACACCACUCAUUUUGGCUGCUGCAUCUAACUGGGGCAAGAAACUGAAAUCUCUUCUCACUCUGGAAGCGAACGUUACCAUAGCAUACUUAACGUUUAUUCCGGGCUGUACGAGUUGCAUUAUAUUUUCUAUAGCUUUCUUUCCAUUAUUAAAUUUACACGGGCCAACCGAGUCUGAUCCAUCCAUUACAAUAACUAUAUCUUCUAACGUCACCUGUCUUUUGCCAACGGGAAGUAUGCGCAAGAUAUUUGUUAUCAACUUUUUGGCCGUUUCAUCUUUGGAAGGGAUUUCUUCUCGUAACUCUAAAUAGAUUCAUAUACAGCUUGUUCAAAACAUUUAGACUGCAUAACGUAUAGCUAUUUAUGACGUAUUACAACAUUAUCCAUUAGAUUU